UGAAUGACGAUCAGGCAUAUAUUUUGCCGCUGUUUGUCACGUGAUUAGGGCGGAAACUGACUCAUGGUCCACGCCGAAUCUCCCGCGAAUGCAGCCAUUUAGUCUUUCCUCUUUUCGCUGCCGCACCGGAUCACGACGUGACGUUACAAACCAUGACGACAAUGCAGGAAGCACAUGUCCAGUUUAAGCUUGUUUUAGUAGGAGAUGGAGGUACUGGCAAGACAACAUUUGUGAAGAGACACAUGACUGGAGAAUUUGAGAAAAAAUAUGUUGCUACUCUGGGCGUAGAAGUGCACCCACUCCUCUUCCACACCAACAGAGGACCCAUCAGUUAUAAUGUGUGGGACACAGCUGGUCAAGAGAAGUUUGGAGGCCUGAGAGAUGGCUAUUACAUUCAAGCUCAGUGUGCAAUCAUCAUGUUUGAUGUAACAUCCCGUGUUACCUAUAAGAAUGUGCCUAACUGGCAUCGUGACCUGGUCCGUGUCUGUGAGAACAUUCCUAUCGUCCUAUGUGGAAACAAGGUGGACAUUAAGGACCGAAAAGUCAAAGCCAAGAACAUCGUGUUUCACCGCAAGAAGAACUUGCAGUACUAUGACAUUUCAGCCAAGAGUAAUUACAACUUUGAGAAGCCUUUCCUCUGGCUAGCAAGGAAGUUGGUCGGUGAUCCCAACUUGGAGUUUGUGGCAAUGCCUGCUCUUGCGCCUCCAGAAGUCCAUAUGGACCCCACACUUGCUGCGCAGUAUGAACAGGAGCUAAAAGUUGCAGCAGAAACAGCACUCCCAGAGGAAGAAGAUGACCUCUAACCUGUUCCCAAAUUACCCUUUUUGCUCCGCCCCCAUCCUACUGAGUGAGGAAGGUGUUGCCGUUUUGCCCCGUAGUGUAAAAUCCUGUUUACGAUUUAUUUUUGAAUACCCACCCAUUUGUUUUAAAGUUUGGCCUUUCCUCCUCCCACACCUAACCCAGGAUCUUUUUCAUUUGUUUUGGGGUUCUGAACCUCGAGGCAAAUUAAUUUAAUUGGCACUUUUGGAAUGCAAACACUGCAUUAGCAAACAACUGGCUAAUUAAUCUUAUUUGAGGCACAACGACCUCACAGUAAAAGCUUCUCACCACCACUGAACAGAUGAAAAUGUUCAUUUACUGCUUCAAUGUGGAGCUUAAACCUCAAUUAUACAGUUAGCCUGACCUUGGCCUAACCUUCCACGGCUGUUCAGAGUGCAAAUAAGUCAAGUGCCAAAGUAGAAGCUCAUUUUGUGGGACCCAGUCACUCUUCUGCAGUUGACUUUAAUCACUGUGGAGAGCUGCUACAGAGGAGACGAGAUGAACUCUAAUAGCCAUUUUGAUUUUACAUUUUGUGAGGUAAACAUGCGCAUGUUCAGCCAAGCAUCAAAGUGGUACGUUCAACCAGAUGACAUUUUUGUCUGGACUGUAGUGUUGAGAAGUGUUCGGGAGAUCUUUUUGCCUCAUUUAGGAACAUUAUUAGCUGGUUAGCUUCAACUUGCGGUGUUUGCAUCUUAACUAAAUAAUGGUCCUAUUAAAUUCAUCUUUGUCCUAAGUGAAAAGGUGACUCUCAAAACAAAAAUAUAGCCUCAGUUGUAACUUUUCCAGAGUUCUGCUUUCAGAGAGUGAAAGGGGGAGGGGGUGCAAAAAACAUUGUGGGGAAGUUGUGAUUCUUAUUUCACUGUUUAAGACACACCCAUGCUAGUGUUAUUGGCAUGAUAACUGCUACUCUUCAUCAUUUGAGCACCCUCCACUGCACUGACCCAGCUUGUGUUAUGCUGUUGUAUGGUGUACUGGAAACCACAAAGGGGUUUAAUCUUCGAAUAAAAAUUCUCAAUAG